AUGCUUGGAUUAUUUCUGAAUCUUGUUGGGAUAUUCACUGAGAAUAUAAAGAAUACCACGAACAACAAUGACAUCACCGAAUCUGUCAUUGAUGAGAUCAGCUUCAUUCCUCACGUCUAUAAUGAUCGCAUUGGAAUUCAAAAUGUCAUGGUAAAACCUGACAAGCUUUUUAUGAGAUCUACAAUAGAUGAAAGUGCUAUGGUUAGAUGGGAGAUCCAAAAUCCCCAAAACAACUGGUCAUUCACAUUUGAAUUCAAUGAGCUCAACCUUGAAUCUAGGGAAUCCGCUGGCAUUUUCCUGUUCUAUACAAAAGAAAAGCCUGUCAUAGGAUCAUUUAAGGGUGGGCCUUCAAAGUUUCAUGGGUUUGCUGUUGGAUUAGAGUUUGUUGGUAAAGGUGUGGAGCUUGUCUAUGCUAAGAAUGAUGGGAUUGAUUACACCAAUAUGGAUGAGUACGUCUCUGUGAUUGAUUCCCUAAAUCCAAAAAGAUUUUCAAACCUUGAGACAUUAAAGCUUAAGGUUAUCUGUACGGAUAAGAACUUUAAAGUUGAGAUUUAUGACGGAGACACUGUAAUUUACGACAACUUCAGAUUCUUUACAAAAGACUAUCUGGAAUUUGCUAAAGGUGGAAGCUAUCUAUCACUGUUUGCAGAUUACAAGCACGUAUCAUCUGGAAAAGCAUUUGAACUGAGAAAUGCACAACUUUACCAUAGAGAAGAGACACCUGAUUAUAGUGUCACUAAAGUUAAUAUGCAGAAGAUUACAACACAGGUCAAGCCAAAGAGUGAGAUCAAGCAUCCAAAUGUGGAUGUCCAAGAUUUGCUCUUCAAGAUCAAUGCUGUUAUAAGCUAUACCAAAGCUGUGAUUGGAGAGCUUCCUGAAACAUCAAUAAUAAAGGCAGAGAAGGAACUGAUUAAAGAAGUCGAUUCGCUCUCAGAAAAGGUUGGAAAAAUGAAGACUGGCGUGUCCGGAAGAACUAACAGAAAUGAUUUGGAUGGAAAAAUUAAUCAGUUGGAUGUUCAAUUGAAAAGGUUAUCAAAAAUAGUGAAUGAUGUUGAUUACUUGACAGAAUCAACAAGUGAAGUUGCUUCUCACAAAUACCAUCUAAUUCUUGAAUACUUUGUGAUAUUUUCUGGAAUUUUUGCAGUGUCUGUGAUGUUCAUCCGAGAGAUGAGAAACUUCAUCGAUAAUCGCAAGCAUAAGCUAUCAAUUAAUAAAUAA